CGUCCAACCUUCCCCACCACCUUACCACCCUCCUUCUCAACCACCACUACCCAGCCCAGAGCUGUCUCUACGUCCAGUCGCCACCAGCAUAAAAAUCGACACCACAUCUGGUCAGCAACAAUGGAUCUCGAGAGCGGUAAAGAGAAGGAGUUUGUCUCGCAGCCCGCACCCGCAUACGGCGUCGGCGCCAGCGAGGACCUUCCAAAGACAGGCACGAAAUGGAGUCGCUUCGCCGACAGCUUCAAGCGCAACCCCAACGCGAGGAUGGUCACCGAGGCCGUGGACGAGGAGGGCAAGCCGCUCCCCGAUCAGCCGCCCGCCCAGCCAGCUCUGAGCAUGAAGCUCAAGAACAGGCAUCUGCAGAUGAUUGCUAUCGGUGGCUCCAUUGGUACGGGUCUGUUCGUUGGAUCUGGUGCUGCUUUGGAGGCUGGUGGUCCCGCUUCGUUGGUCAUUUGCUACGGACUUGUGGGUAUCAUGCUGUUCUGCACUGUGCAAGCUCUCGGUGAGAUGGCAGUUGCUUUCCCCGUCGCUGGAUCUUUCGCCGUCUAUGCGUCUCGUUUCAUCGACCCAGCUUGGGGCUUUGCCAUGGCCUGGAACUACGCCUUGUCUUGGUUGGUCACCCUCCCGCUUGAGAUUGUGGCAGCUUCCAUCACGUUGAACUUCUGGGAGGGCUCUCGCAGCACCAAUCCUGCAGCUUGGGUCACCAUCUUCCUUGCUGUCAUCAUCUCCAUCAAUCUCUUUGGUGUCAAAGGAUACGGAGAGGCUGAAUUCGUCUUCUCCAUCAUCAAGAUCGCCGCGGUGAUUGGAUUCAUCAUCCUCGGUAUCAUCAUCGAUACGGGAGGUAUUCCUGGCCAGCCAUAUAUCGGUGGCAAAUACUGGCAUGACCCUGGAGCGUUUCACAAUGGAUUCAAAGGCCUUUGUUCCGUCUUCGUCACUGCCGCCUUUUCUUUCGCGGGAACAGAGUUGGUCGGACUGUGUGCUGCCGAAACCGAGAACCCUAGGAAGACUCUGCCCACCGCCGUCAAACAAGUCUUCUGGCGUAUUCUUCUGUUCUACAUGGUCUCUUUGACCAUCGUCGGCUGCCUCGUCCCCUACACCGACGAUAAGCUCAUCGGCGCCUCCUCCUCUGAUGCCAAUGCCUCUCCCUUCGUCAUUGCCGUUCGCAAUGCCGGCAUCUCUGUUGUGCCUUCGAUUAUGAACGUAGUGAUCCUCAUCGCGGUCCUCAGCGUCGGCAACUCCUGCAUCUACGCCACUUCCCGCACAAUCGCCGCCCUUGCCGACCAUGGACAAGCUCCCAAAAUCCUGGGCUACAUUGACCGCUCCGGCCGCCCGCUCGUCGCGAUCCUGUUCUCCUCCGCCUUCGGCUUUAUCGCGUACAUUGUUGCUGCCGGCGACGAAGUCCGCGGCCAAGCUUUCGCCUGGAUGCUCGCCAUCUCGGGUCUCGCGCAGAUCUUCAACUGGACCUCCAUUUGCAUCUGCCACAUCCGGUUCCGCGCAGCUUGGAAAGCGCAGGGCCACUCGCUUGACGAACUCGCCUUCACCUCGCAAGCCACCGUCUACGGCUCGUACGUGGGCGCCAUCUUCAACAUCCUCAUCCUCAUCGCGCAGUUCUGGACCGGCUUCGCGCCCGUCGGGUACGGCGAGCUCACGGCCGCGGAGCGCGUGCAGACCUUCUUCGAAGCGUACCUCGCGUUCCCCAUUGUCGUGCUCUUCUACGUCGUCUUCAAGCUCUGGCACAAGACCAAGUUCAAGCGCGCCAAGGACAUCGACGUCACGAGCGGUCGCCGCGAAUUGGAUCUUCCGCAGAUCCUGCGCGAGGAGCGCGCCGAGAAGAAGACGUGGCCUUGGUGGAAAAAGGUAUACAAGAUCCUUUGUUAGAUCUGCGUCUUGCGUCUUCUCUGCAUAAUCUGCUGUCUCUCUCGCACGAUUUUCUGGGGUUUCUUCUAGUGUAAU